UCAUCGAUUGGCGCGUUGUCCACUUUGCCGACGAGCCGACUGCCGCCGAGCCUUCAGAGGCAGAAGACAGGAAGAGAUAGGCCUGUGUCGAUUGUGGAGCGUGUCGGUUGACGGACCUCUUGCAUCGCCAGUAUUGAUUCCUGAAAAGCUUCUCUCUUCCGCUGCCUGUCAACCUGCACCCACAGCCCGUCACACCACAACUAUUGAUGGAUCCGUUCUCUCUAUUCUCAGCGCACCUUCCUGGCCUCAAUUGCCCGCCUGUGGGCAUGCUGCUCAUCCUCACUGCGCCUUCUGGCCUUGGCAACCAUCUAAGAUGCAAGCAAGAUUGUAUAGCGGUGUUUUCCCCAUGGUCUUCUUCCCCCUGCGCACCGUCUUGUGUCGUGUGUGUUGUGUCUGUCGUCGGCGCAU